CAGAUCUCAAAUGUUUGGCAAAAUCACUUCAAAAUUAACGUGUUUUUAAAAUAAAAAUUCAAAAAAUACUACAAAAAAAAAACGAAAAAAGCAAUGGAAGUUGACCAGUCUAUCCCCGAAGAGCAAUCUCCGCACGAGGAAGAAUCAUCAUCACCAGAACCCACCCAGCAAUUGCAAUCCAGUGACUCACCAGCGAAUCCCACCCAGGAGCUACCGUCGUCCGAGCAUGAAGCGCAACCGUUAUCAGCUGAACCGGCCGAGGAGCUGCCUUCGUCUGUGGUGGAUGGCGUCUUAGCUUCGGGAUGGACCGUUCACACAGACGGCAGUUUCACCGACGGUGAUCCACUAGAUGAAGGCAACACCGUGCACCUGUGUCCCUACCGAGCGUUCUGUUCCAAAUCCACAAUCGUGGAUGAAUCGGAAGAGUUUCCGGAACCCGUCGGUCCACUGCAGCACUUGGUCGACGUAGAACAACCGAAGCCAAAGCGUAGCUUUGCUCAGCUCUACCUUGCGGAAUGUCGCAAGUACGGCAUCACCCCGCUAACCUACAUUCGGGAAAUUUUCGAACAAGUGGAUGCGAAGACCGCUGAGUCCGUAGAAAUUGAUUUAAAUCGCUUCGGCUGCAGCAACCUAAAAACUCAAAUCAUCCUGGACUGUCUUGCGCAGGCCUGCCCGGACCGGCUUAAGCUAAUCAAACUAGACCAUAACCUGCUGAUGAACUUACCGUUGGCCGUCAGCCUGUCGAAUCUCCUGCAAGAAACGCAAAAAAUCAGCGAGUUAAGUUUAGCCCACUGUCGUCUGAGCGAUGACGAAGUGGCCCUAACUUUGGCGGAAGCACUGUCGACAUCUAGCGUACAACGAUUGAACUUGACCCGCUGUCAGUUGAGUGAUCGCGCGGGGGUAGCUCUGUUCCGUGCUUUAACCCUCUCCGAUUGUAUUCAGCGGGUGGAUGUUAGCUGGAAUCGGUUGGAGCAUUCCAGUGGUGUUGCCGCUGGAUUGUUCCUAUCGGGGAACUCGGCCGUGCAGGAGCUUAAUCUGGAAGGGAACUAUCUGUAUCUGGAAAAGCAGUGCAUUGUGCCGUUUAUGCAGGAACUGGCCAAGAAUGUGACACUGAAGAAGCUUAAUCUGGCGUGGAAUGCGCUGGGAGGGAAGUUCUUUGCAGAAACGAUCUAUAAGGCGUUUGUAAAGACGGGGCUUGAAGUGGUGAAUUUGGAAAUGAAUUGUUUACGAUCGAUUGAAAUGGAGAACCUGCUGAGAGUGCUUCGGAAGAGUGAUUUGCUGAAGGAGAUCUACCUUGGAGGAAAUUUUUUCACUGUCGAUGAGUUGAAGGAGCUGGUCACAACAUUCGGGGAAAAUCCUAACAUGAAGAUUCUCUCGCUGGGAAAGUAUCAAUUUGUGAAUAGAGUGACCAAUCGGCUAUCGAAACGUAUAAUGACUCAGGAUCCUUCCAAGACUAUCACCUACCAAGGCGUUCUACUGCCGAAGUUGCCCCUCAAGGUGGACAUUCCGGAGAUGUUACUGGACCGCUGCCGUUUUCUAGGCUUGAAACCGAAGAAGAAAAAACUAAAACGAAACCUGGGUCACCUGAUGCUACAGUUUCAGCUCCUGGAGAAACCUUCUUUACCGAGGGACGAUUUCCUAGCGAUGGUAAAGAAGUUCCGCAUAAAACUGGAUAAAGAUCUGAAGAAAAUCCUGAUGGAAACAUUUGCCGAUCAGAAGCGGGUCGAUACCGCUGCGAUGGCGGCGAAGUAUUUGGAAAAGUAUCCAACGGAACCGCCUCCGGUGAAGAAGAAGAAGGACCGAUCGGGGAAGAAGAAGGAAGGGAAGAAAGGAGGAGGGAAGAAGAAGUUCUGAGCUUUUCGGGGCCUUGCUAGGUUAUUAGUUGUCUGGAUUCUAAUCAUGUUUCAUGCUAAUGUUUUCUCAUACUAUCGUGCUUUUAGGGAAUACAUUGGCUUUUAGAACUUGGUUUAUUUAUUGGAACGAGUAUGGUUUCUCCUCUUUCUCAGUUCAGAAGCCAGAAAUCGCUACACUCUUAUAUAGCACGCAAUAAAAUCUACUAGUGGAUCGCUUAGUCUAUUGGCAAAAGCAAAUUUUCGUUCCUUUUGCCUAGUGUGUGAAACGUGAAUAAACAAUGAACGACAAUGCAAAGUUAGCUU